AUGGCGCAGCCCGCGACAACGAAGCCCAACGGCGUCCCGGAGCCCGCCAGCACCGAGAAUGCGCAGCCCGUCGUUCCGGGGAAGCGAAAACGCGACAAUGGCGAAGAGGGAGACGAACUGGACGGCUUCGAGGACGAGAAGCCCGCUGCUACCAACGGUUGGCCCAAGGGCGAUCAAAAGGAAUUGAUUCAAUCCUAUCUUGAGGUCUUGAGCAGCUUCGACAUCAGCCCGUCCAUCCUGAACCGUCCAGUCCCGGAACCAUCGACUGAUGAAGAACCCGAGGCGAAGCGGCAAAAGUCUACCGAUCCAGAGUCUGCAUCUACAAUCUCCGAAAAGGUCGCUGCCGAUGCGUACGAUCGCCUCGAAGACGUGGCUGCCGAUAUCGUCUCCGUGAUCAAGGUAUCGCUCGAGGAGCUCAAGGCCAAGUCCUCGGGAUUGGAGAAACCAGUGUCAAACGAAAAAGCCGUGGCCAAGAUUGAUGAGUUCAAGAACAAGGCAAUGCAGCUCCUUCGACGAGAAAAGGCAUACCCCAAGACCAGCAACGAACCCCUCACAGUCGAGGCUGACCUCCCACCCUCCCCUCAAAAGGGCGAGCUGGUGUUGUCCCUCAUCGGAUAUGCGCCUCAAGAGAGGCGGCUGUUCUCUAGUCUUCCGCUGGCUCACGAGGAGAAGCUGGCUCACAUCCCUCUUCCCCAGGGCAUGACCUUGACACACAUCAUGCCCACGUCGACUCAGGAGCGAACCCAAACUCUUGGAGAGUUGUUUUCCUCUCCUCGAGCGCUGCCUCCGCUGCAACCACCAAAGCAGCCCAAAACCCAGGCCAAGGGCAAUACCCUUGACUUUUAUCACCCGGAGCUCACCGACACGUCUAAAUAUCAGAGCGCCAGCUACUCGACCACGAAACUCUCGGCAGGAUACUACCUCGACUAUAGCAAUGCUGCUCCUUCGUCGCAAAUGCAGACGAAGCAACGCGAGCGUGCACAGAGUUUGGCCGGGAAGAAGCCUUCAACCACCGAACUGGAGAUGUACGAGAUGGAAGCCCUCUUCCGGGGAGCCUUCUCGAGCUUCGCUCCUUGCAAGGAUGACACUGCCGCUGUCGUGCCGUCCAGUGUUGCCAGCCGACUCUGGUGGCAACGAGCUGGUCAGCGACAGUUUCAGAACAUGAUCGAGGUGGAAUACUACGGGGACGCGGACGAUGAGCAGGACAACGACAAUGAUGUUGUGGAGAUUGACGAAGACGCGGUCAAAGAAGCUAUUGAUGGCUGGGAUGAAUCAGUCGUUGAUCCCUCGUUGGACGACAUCAUGGGUACCAAGCGGGACGAACAGGACAAGGAGGUUAAUGAGAUUCUCGAGGAGGUCAGCGACAUGAUUGAAACGCUGUCGUCCUACCAGCGAAUUCGCAACCUCAACCUCCCCAACUCUCAGAACCGCCAGUCUAGCGACCCGGUCACUGGCGAUAUGCUGGCUACGGCAGGCCCUCAGCCUUCUGAAGAGGAGCAAGCCACUUACCACGUGCUCAAGGCACAGCUGGCUCUCAUCAUCAAGACCCUGCCGCCCUAUGCUGUGGCCAAGCUGAACGGUGAUCAACUGGAAGAUCUUUUGAUUAGCACCAGGGUUCAGGUUCAGACAGACCAGUACAAGGGUGUCAUGGAGGAAGACGAGGCCGGCAUGCAAGCUCGCAUACGAGCGCAACAGGCUGCGCAGGCGACUGUCCGACCACCGCAGCGGACACCAAGCGUAUCGUCCAUCCCUUACGCGAAUCACUACCAGGCUGCGAAUCAAUACGGAACUCCUAACCGAACGCCGGCGAUGCCGCAGCAGUAUUUCCGCCCGGGUGCUACUUCUACCUUCCAACCUCAGGCACGGCCGAUGCCUCCCUCCCAACCACGACCUCCCCAGCCCAACCAAUACACCCGUCCGAACGGCUAUCCGAACCAGUAUGCCACCCAGCUGGCCAAGGCUCAGACUCCUUACGGCCACCAGAACAUGCAGCAGUAUGCAAGCCAACAACGGCCACAAUAUGGCCAGAUGCCGCCGCAACAGGGAACUCCUGCUGCUCGGUUCCCGUACCAGCCUGGCUUCCCACCACAGCAGGUUGGCACGCCUUCCCAAGGCACCUUUGCAGCAUACACAAACGGCCAAGCAAUGUCCCAGCGCAACAUGUCUCCCCAGGUACAGCAUAGGCAGCCGUACAGCCCGUCGCCGAGUGUGCAGCAACCCCAGCGAUUCAACACACCACAGGCAAUGGGAAGCCAGAUGGGACGGUUUUCCAGUAACCCGGCUGGAACACCAGUACAGAACCCUGGUCUCACGGGAUAUCACACUGUAAUUCCCGAGGCCCAGCAGCAGCGGAUUCUCGAUCAGGCAAAGGCCCGGGUGGCGGCACAGGAGCGUUCCGCCAUGUUUGCGGACAAGAUAGCUCAGCCUAGUGGCAUGGUCGGGCUUGGAGGAAUGGGGAUGGGUGGCACGAUGGACAUUAACCGGCUUGCAGCCGCUCGAGCUAGCAUCGCAGCUCAGCAGCAGAAGCCUCAGACUCCUACGCCCGGUAUGCAGCGGUCACUAAAUGGCACACCAAGCGCACAUAUCCCGCACAAGGUGACGCCUGUUCCGGUGCCCGUCAUCCCUGGACUUCAGCAGCAGCGGAAGCCUUCGUCAUAG